AUGCGUGCACUGGUAUUUAUUUUGUGCUUAUUCUCUGUGAGUGCUAUGCACGACUCAAAAAAAACAAAUGUUGGGUUUUUCAUUGUGCCCAGACACAAAACAGACGAUAGCAAUACGCCUGACGUAAUGACGCUGGAAGACGAUGGAAACUGGUACUUUUCAAAGCCCAGCGACACUAAAAAGCAAAUAUUCAUUGUAAAAACGCCGUAUGGAAACAGACUGUGUCUAAAGAGCGACAGGAGUCUGUGCUUAAGAGUGGAAAAAGCCGUUACAGACUCAAGUCUGUCACUUUUCAGGAGAAAGCUGUGCAAGAGAGCAGUAAAAAAGAACAACAUAGAGAUUGUUCCGAGCCCUUAUAAAAACUUUUACAUGAUUAGACUGAAAAGAUGCGAGAUCUACUGUCUGUACAGCCACAGCAUGAACGAUACACAGUCAGCACACGAAACAGCUCCAAACAUUGCAAAGUGCAACUACUCCAACACAAAUAACCACUUUUAUCUGCUCAAUGAGUACGAUAUAAACAGCUAUGCCCCAGAAAAAGAUAAGAAUGCAGAUAGUGUCAUCACAGAUAUCGAUGAAGACUAUUCACAUGCCCGCGCCCACCAGUACGACUUUGACCACCAUAUCCACCACGGUCAUAAAGCACAUACAAAGGCUGCAUUUGCCAAAGGCCUAGCUGUAGGCUUGCAUAGCUCUAGCAAUGCGUCUUCCGAUGAUCUUGGAGCUGCAGAAGAUCUGGCCAGGACCCUAGCUGACCUGCAUGGGCCAGAAUACAUGCACAUCCUUGGGAGCGCGCAGAGCAAAGCCCAUUUGGCUCCGGUCAUCCCAGCUGGAUACUAUCCGCUCUCUCAUCCACUGAUUUCCAGAGUUCGGGGAUUUAUAUAUCCUAUGUAA